GCGCGCGGCGCCGGCGGGGGCCGGAGGGGGCGGCGCGGCGGAGCCUGCCGUGGCCUCGGACGCUCCUCCUCGCGAGCCGCCGCCGCCCGCCUCCGCCUGCGCCUCGAGCUCCCUCGCAGCGGCCCGGCCCGGCCGCCACUUCCGGCCGCUCACCUGGGACGCGCUCACCCGGGACCGGCGACCGGCCUGCGGGCGCCUGGGCGCCAGGAUGAAGGACCGGCUGGAGCAGCUGAAGGCCAAGCAGCUCACACAGGAUGAUGAUGCUGAUGAGGUUGAGAUCGCUAUUGACAACACGGCUUUUAUGGACGAGUUCUUCUCUGAGAUUGAGGAAACUCGGCUCAACAUUGACAAGAUCUCAGAGCAUGUGGAGGAGGCGAAGAAACUCUACAGUAUCAUUCUCUCUGCACCGAUUCCAGAGCCCAAAACCAAGGAUGACCUGGAGCAGCUCACAACCGAGAUCAAGAAAAGGGCCAAUAACGUCCGGAACAAACUGAAGAGCAUGGAGAAGCAUAUUGAAGAAGACGAGGUCCGGUCGUCAGCAGACCUUCGGAUUCGGAAAUCCCAGCACUCCGUCCUCUCCCGGAAGUUUGUGGAGGUGAUGACCAAAUACAAUGAAGCUCAGGUGGACUUCCGCGAACGCAGCAAAGGGCGAAUCCAGCGGCAGCUCGAAAUUACCGGCAAAAAGACAACGGAUGAGGAGCUGGAGGAGAUGUUAGAGAGCGGCAACCCUGCCAUCUUCACCUCUGGGAUCAUUGACUCCCAGAUUUCCAAGCAAGCCCUUAGUGAGAUCGAGGGACGGCACAAGGACAUUGUAAGGCUGGAGAGCAGCAUCAAGGAGCUUCAUGACAUGUUUAUGGACAUCGCCAUGCUGGUGGAGAAUCAGGGUGAGAUGUUAGAUAACAUAGAGUUGAAUGUCAUGCACACAGUGGACCAUGUGGAGAAGGCACGAGAUGAAACUAAAAAAGCUGUGAAAUACCAGAGUCAGGCCCGGAAGAAAUUGAUAAUUAUCAUUGUGGUAGUAGUUGUGUUGCUGGGCCUUUUAGCAUUGAUUAUUGGACUUUCCGUGGGGCUGAAAUAAGAGCGGCCUAAGAGCUGCUGCACUGACAUAACCUGAUUUCACUCCAGCCUGGCGUGGCCACCCUUGUCUUCAGAUGGGAAUGGAGUUUGAAUGGCAUUCCUGAGAGCGAGUUGGACCCGUUCCUUUGUUUCCUUGUAACCAUCCUUGGACCUGAUUCAGCAAACAAUCUAGCCCUGGAGGAACCUAACCUACCUAGUGCAACCUUGAGUUCUCCUCAGAACCGUCUCCUGUUUCACCGACUCUGAAGUUCCUCCUUCCUGGACUGUGUGAACAAACCCAGCUUCUCUCUCCUCCCUGUGCUGUGUCAAAUUGUGCCUUGCACCUUGGAAAGCCCAUCUGAGACCCUCUCAAGGUGCUAUGUUUUCUACCUCAGAGUUUUCUUUCUCCCAGAAAUUGCAAUGUAUUUUUUUACGGGAGUGCCUUUUACCAAGCAGAGGGAUUCUUCUAAAUUUGGCAACAAUAAGGCUUGGAGCUGAGUCUUCUAUCUGGCAGGAUGCCAAUCCUCAGCUUGUUGUCCCUGUGUCCUAAAAACAUGAGGGGCUGGCAGAUGUCAUUUUGGUCUGAAAAGCUGACUUGUUUGACAUUCAACCUUAAAUUAAGCUCUUAAUAUGUUCAGCUUGAGGGCCAACUGAUUUUUCUCUGUGUUGUAUUCUCUCUUGUUUACUCAAGGAGGGGCCAGGAUGAUACAGUCAUCUGAAGUUACCAUUUGCAAAGACUACAUGUAUGGACUAUUUGUUUCCAUGCCUGAGUCUUGGAAACUGGCUAUUCACUGCUAGAGAGUGAUACUUUGUGAAGCCAGUGCCUCAAGGCCAAACAUUACCUGGGAUUUUAAAUUGGGUCAGGGACAAGGUGCUGGAGUCUCAGGCUCUGGAAAUGUUUCAUGGGACUGGUGUGAGUAUUCAGUCACUCAUGUGUUCCAGAUGUAUUUUUAUAAUCAUGUGUGAGAUGUAUAUACAUAUAUGCAUGUCUCUUCUCUCAGGAAGCAGGAAAUAAAAGUGGAAGACAUUAUGAUCUCAAAAAAAAAAAUGACUCAGCUAGGCUAAAAAUUAGGUAAGGGACAUUUGCUUACCUGCAAAUGAAUCAUUGUAAAAAUGUGAUCUUCCCAUUUAUCAAGAAACUUGUUUUCUGGAUGAGUACUGGGAGAAUCACACGAGCUCUCUGGAGGACUAAAUUGAUUCCCAUUAAGUUUUGGCAGAGAGAAGGUAUAAUGUUUUGACACCUCGCCCCACCUGUUGCCUCCACUAGGCUCGUUCUGGCAACAUCCCACAGCAACUUGAUACUAUUUAUGUGACCUAUGGGAUGUCCUGUCUUCAGGACAGAGCCAGUUGGGGAACACCAGAGACUACAGAAUCUCUCUUCCUGCUGCUGGGUUAAUGAGCUUGGCAGGUUCUUUGUCUCCCUCGAUUCUUACCGUGGAGGCAGCAACGGCCAGGAAAUAUUCCAGUGACUGUGACUGUGCUAACCCAGUGCAAGCCCCUGAGAUUCCCUGCUGGUCUCGGCCAGUCUCCCUGAUUGCCCACCAGGUAUAGUUCAGCUUUGACUUUAAUGCUUUCUAGGAUAGGGCGAGCACCCUAAUCCAGACACUGCCCAUUAGCUUCCUUUGCACAGGCUGCUCACUGGCAGUCGUUGUCCGGCACUCAGACAGAGCCCAGGGAACGGCCUCUUGCCCGUGGCUAUGAUGUCGGUCGGUCAGUGGACUGGCUCCAGCAAUAGCGGGGACAAACUAAUCACAGGCCUUUGCUCCCCUCUGAGAUUGAGGCCCGGCGCUUCUAGUUUGGAAUAUAACGUGAAGAUUUUGUUGUUGUUUGUAUUUUUUAAAAAAUGUAAACUUGAUUAUUUUAUUGCUAAUUUAAAAAUAAAUGACUUUAUAUUGAUUGUGAAA